UAAACCGAAAAAAAAAAUAAAACAAGAAGAAAAUGUACUGUGUUGCUCCUGCAAUUUCCUGUCUUCGCACCAACGAACGGGGCAACAAGCUCUCGCCUUUCCUCCUCCGCCGCCGAAGCAGCCUCCACCACCGUCUGCCCCGCCGUGGUCUGCGCCUUCAUCGCCGGGAUUCUCAAGUUAGAGCCAUGAGAACCGUCAUCCAGAGAGUCUCUUCCGCAACUGUCGCGGUGGAUGGUCGCAUCGUGUCGGAGAUUGGACCAGGCCUCUUGGUUCUCGUCGGAAUCCACGAAUCGGACACCGAUUCUGAUGCCGAGUACAUAUGCCGGAAAGUUUUGAACAUGAGAUUGUUCCCUAAUGAGAGUAGUGGCAGAGGAUGGGACCAGAAUGUAAUGCAGAGAAAUUAUGGAGUUCUUCUAGUUAGCCAGUUUACAUUGUACGGGUUCUUGAAGGGUAACAAGCCUGAUUUUCAUGUGGCAAUGCCACCCGAGAAAGCGAAACCUUUCUACGCUUCUUUGGUCGAGAGGUUCCGAAAGGCAUACAAUCCUGAUGCAGUAAAAGAUGGCGUGUUUGGAGCAAUGAUGAAGGUCAAUCUUGUAAAUGAUGGGCCAGUCACUAUGCAGCUCGACUCAUUCCAAUCUUCCAAGAAUGAGGCAAAGGCGCCAACAGAAUCAUAAGAUUGCUAGUCAGCUUGUUUGUCUGGAAAACUUUUUCGGUACAUCUUUCAUUUAAGAGAUACAUUGUGAUAGAUAUUCAUGCAAAACAUUACAGUGUUCACUCUACCAUGAGAGCAUACAUUACAAGUUAAUUAUUUUCCUUGUUCUUCUAA